AUUCACAUACGCACACAGCUGGACAGAUGAGGAGGCAUCAAGGACCACGAUUCAGUCCUGGGUGUAUGGUGCUGUGACCCUGCCUGUGUCAGGCGAGGAGUUAAAGGAGCAGGGCUAUGACUGGCUCUCCUGGACCUGGUGGGAGUGCCUUUGUGCCAUGGCCGAGGAUGUGGCGAUGGGUCCUGGCUGCUUCUUUGAUCGGCAUUGUAACUUUGACACUGCCAGGAAGUAGCCAGGCCUGCCCACCACGGUGUGAGUGCUCAGCUCAGCUGAGGUCAGUGUCAUGCCAGCGGAGGCGGCUCACCAACAUCCCAGAGGGCAUUCCCACAGAGACACAACUCCUGGAUCUCAGCAAGAACCGGCUCCGCUGGGUGCAAGCAGGUGACCUGGCACCGUACCCACGGCUGGAGGAAGUGGACCUCAGUGAGAACCUCAUCGCCACAUUAGAGCCCAAUGCCUUCGCCACACUCCAGAAUCUUAAAGUGCUGAAGUUGAGAGGGAACCAGCUGAAGUUAGUGCCCAUGGGGGCCUUCGCCAAGCUGGGCAACUUGACAAGCCUGGACCUGAGUGAGAACAAGAUGGUGAUUUUAUUGGACUACACUUUCCAGGAUCUGAGGAGUCUGAAACAUCUGGAGGUGGGAGAUAACGACCUGGUUUAUAUAUCCCACAAGGCAUUCUCAGGGCUGCUGGGGCUGGAAGAUCUCACAAUAGAACGCUGCAACCUGACAUCCAUUUCUGGCCAGACGCUGUCCUACCUCCGCAGCCUGGUCACCCUUCGCCUCCGUCACCUCAGCAUCUCUGCCCUGGAGGACCAGAACUUCCGCAAGCUCUCCAACCUGCGGGGUCUGGAUAUCGAUCACUGGCCAUACCUGGAGUACAUUUCCCCUUUUAGUUUCCAAAGCCUGGAUCUCCACUGGCUCUCCAUCACCAACACCAACAUCACGUCCGUCCCCUCUGCUUCCUUCAAGAACAUGGUGCACCUCACACACCUCAACCUCUCCUACAAUCCUAUCACCACCCUCGAGCCCUGGGCCUUCAGAGACCUGUUGAGGCUGAAGGAGCUCAUCAUGGUAAGCACAGGGUUGAUGACUGUGGAGCCCUAUGCCCUUGGAGGCCUCCGACAGAUCCGCGUCCUCAACUUCUCCUCCAACGACCUGCAAACCUUGGAAGAGGGCUCCUUCCACUCUGUCAACAGUCUGGAGACCCUCAGAGUGGAUGGGAACCCCCUGAUGUGUGACUGUCGUCUGUUGUGGAUCCUGCAAAGACGCAAGACCCUCAACUUUGACGGCAGAGUGCCGGUGUGUGCAGGGCCGGUGGAGGUGCAAGGGGUCAGCCUGAGCACCUUCACCGAUUCUGCACUCUUCGAUCACUUUACAUGCCAGAAACCUAAGAUACGCAACCGUAAGCUCCAGCAGGUGAUAGCUCGUGAGGGCCAGCCAGUGAGUUUCCUUUGUCGUGCCGAAGGAGAACCCGCACCUGCUAUUGUCUGGAUUUCCCCACAGCGCAGACGGAUCACUGCUAAGAGUUCAGGGCGAAUUACUGUUCUCCCUAGUGGCACCCUGGAGAUCCGCUACGCCCAGCUUACUGACAGCGGCACAUACAUCUGCAUUGCCAGUAACGCCGGAGGCAAUGACACCUACUUUGCUACACUUACAGUCCGUGGCCAGCCGUUAGAUGCUGCCUCAGCUUUCUUUCUCAAUCGCUCGCUGUAUAGCGGCGAGUUCUUCAACGACACAAAUCUGAACAGCACACGUGUUUUCCUCAAGUUCACCUUGGACCUGACCACCAUCUUGGUCUCCACGGCAAUGGGUUGCAUCACCUUCCUGGGGGUGGUCCUCUUCUGUUUCCUGCUGUUGUUCGUGUGGAGCCGGGGACGCGGCCAACGCAAGAACAACUUCACAGUGGAGUACUCUUUCCGGAAAUCUGAACCCGCCACUGGAGGCUCCUCAGGAGGGACCAGGAAGUUCAACAUGAAAAUGAUAUGAAACAACGCAGCCAGGGGUCCCUCGGGGGAGGCAUGAGCACGUCCCAAAAACGUGUUUGACACACGCAAACACACACAGCCGCUGACUCGCAAAGAAGUUUGAAACCACAAUAUAAGUUGCUGUCCAUGGCUAUAUUCAAAAUUGAGUGACCACCUCAAAGCUGGAGCCAUGACUUGAUUUGGUUUGAUCUGUGAAUGAAAA